UCUCAAGCAACAUGGAGGCCAUUGCAAAAGCAAAGGUGAAUCUUGAGAAAAUGUGUCGCACCCUUGAAGAUCAACUGAGCGAGCUGAAGGCCAAAAAUGAUGAACAUGUGCGACAGCUGAAUGACACUGGAGUGCAACGGGCAAGGCUGCAAACAGAGAAUGGUGAAAUCAGUCGCCAACUAGAAGAGAAAGAAGCUCUUGUGUCUCAGCUGACAAGGAGCAAGCAGGCUUACACUCAGCAGAUUGAAGAACUGAAGAGGCACGUUGAAGAGGAAGUUAAAGCCAAGAACGCCCUGGCUCAUGCUGUCCAGUCGUCUCGUCACGACUCUGAUCUGCUCAGAGAGCAGUAUGAGGAGGAGCAGGAGGCCAAAGCGGAGCUGCAGCGUUCCAUGUCCAAGGCUAACAGCGAGGUGGCUCAGUGGAGAACCAAAUAUGAGACUGACGCCAUUCAGCGCACUGAGGAGCUGGAGGAGGCUAAGAAAAAGCUGGCCCAGCGUCUUCAGGAUGCCGAGGAAUCCAUUGAGGCUGUGAAUGCCAAAUGUGCCUCUCUGGAAAAGACUAAACAGAGGCUUCAUGGUGAAGUGGAGGACCUGAUGAUCGAUGUGGAAAGAGCUAAUGCUCUGGCUGCAACCCUGGACAAGAAGCAGAGGAACUUUGACAAGGUCCUUGCAGAGUGGAAGCAGAAGUAUGAAGAAAGCCAGGCUGAGCUGGAAGGAGCUCAGAAAGAGGCUCGCUCUCUCAGCACUGAAAUGUUCAAGCUGAAAAAUUCAUAUGAAGAGUCUCUGGAUCAGCUGGAGACCUUGAAGAGGGAGAACAAGAACCUGCAGCAGGAGAUCUCAGAUCUAACUGAGCAAAUCAGUGAAACUGGAAAGACCAUUCACGAACUGGAAAAAGGAAAAAAGGUCGUUGAGACUGAGAAGUGUGAACUCCAAACCUCCCUUGAAGAGGCCGAGGCAACCCUGGAGCACGAAGAGUCCAAGAUUCUCCGUGUUCAGCUGGAGCUCACCCAAGUCAAGAGCGAAAUUGACAGAAAGUUGGCAGAAAAGGAAGAGGAGAUCGAACAGAUCAAGAGGAACAGCCAGCGGGUGAUUGAGACCAUGCAGAGCACUCUGGACGCCGAGGUCAGGAGCAGGAACGAUGCCCUGAGAAUCAAAAAGAAGAUGGAGGGAGACCUGAAUGAGAUGGAGAUCCAGCUGAGCCACGCAAACCGCCAGGCAGCUGAAGCUCAGAAACAGCUGAGGAACAUUCAGGGUCAUCUUAAGGAUACACUGCUGCAUCUUGAUGAGGCUGUCAGAGGACAAGAUGAGAUGAGAGAGCAGGUGGCGAUGGUGGAGCGCAGGAACACCCUGAUGGUGGCUGAGAUCGAGGAGCUGAGAGCUGCUCUCGAGCAAACAGAGAGAAGCCGCAAAAUGGCUGAACAGGAACUGGUUGAUGCCAGCGAGCGUGUUACACUGCUGCAUUCUCAGAAUACCAGCCUGAUCAACACCAAGAAGAAGCUGGAGGCUGAUCUGGUUCAGAUCCAAGGGGAGGUGGAAGAUGCUGUUCAGGAGGCGAGAAACGCUGAAGAUAAAGCCAAGAAGGCCAUCACUGACGCUGCCAUGAUGGCCGAAGAGCUGAAGAAGGAGCAGGACACCAGCGCUCAUUUGGAGAGGAUGAAGAAGAACCUGGAGGUGACGGUGAAGGACCUGCAGCACCGUCUGGAUGAAGCUGAAAAUCUGGCCAUGAAGGGAGGCAAGAAGCAGCUCCAGAAACUGGAGGCUCGGGUUCGUGAACUGGAGACUGAAAUUGAUGCUGAACAAAGGCGCGGCGCAGAAGCUAUCAAGGGAGUGAGAAAAUAUGAAAGAAGAGUGAAGGAACUCACCUAUCAGACUGAGGAGGACAAGAAGAACAUCACCAGACUGCAGGAUCUGGUGGACAAACUGCAGCUGAAAGUGAAAUCUUAUAAGAGACAGGCUGAGGAGGCUGAGGAGCAGUCCAACACUCACCUGACCAGGUACAGGAAGGUGCAGCACGAGAUGGAGGAAGCUCAGGAGCGUGCCGACAUCGCCGAGUCUCAGGUCAACAAGCUGAGGGCCAAGAGUCGGGAAAUUGUCAAGACUAAAGAGUCCCAGGAGUGAUGGUGAAAUCUCACCAAAACUGUGACAAGAAUCAUACAAUAUGAGGAUCUUGUUACGUGUUCUUUUGAGCAUGUGAAGCAUGAUAUGAUUCAAAUACAUUUAGUGAAAUAAAACUGAAAAAGCUGA